AUGCGUGUGACAGCUAGCUGUGAUUGGCUGGGCCUGGACCCUGAGCGCACAGUGACCUAUACCGUGUCCGGGACUUGCGGAGAGUCAGAAGCUCCGAGAGCGGGACAUGUCUGAGGCGGGAGCUGCCGUGCGCAGGAAGAGAGCGGCACAUCGUGUGCACAGCGUCAGCCCGGCGCUGGGAGACGGGGAGCCUGAGGGGAAGCACCGGGAGCCUGAGGGGAAGCAACGGGAGCCUGAGGGGAAGCACCGGGAGCCUGAGGGGAAGCACCGGGAGCCUGAGGGGAAGCACCAGGACCUCGAUAUGAGAUGCCACAAGAUGCAGGAGUCCCUGCUGAGUUCGGCCAGUGGCUACAGCAACUAUCGUGGGGUCCUGAACUGGUGCGUUGUGAUGCUGGUUCUCAGUAAUGCUCGGCUCUUCCUAGAGAACCUCAUUAAGUACGGAAUAUUAGUGGAUCCAAUCCAGGUGGUGUCUCUGUUCCUGAAGGACCCUUAUAGUUGGCCAUCCCUGUGCAUAGUGCUAGGUACUUACCUCACCCUCGCCCCCUGCACACUAACUGCACAAACCUCUCUUAAAACACAGGCUGAACCACCAUGCAACUUACUUUUCCCCUUGUGUCUCCCUCUAAUAACACACACACACACACACAUGUACCUUGUGUCUCCCUCUAAUAACACACACACACAUGUACCUUGUGUCUCCAUGCAGCUAAAUGUAACAGCAAAACUACAGGUUGUGAAAACCAUGGGUUCAGUGAUUUCACUGAGUAUUUAUACCAUCAUUUUUCUGAAACUGUACUCUUAUAAAGAUGUGAACCGAUGGUGCCGGGAGAGGAGGCUUGCGCAGGUGCGGUCACUGGGACGUUCUCAGUCAGUUCCUUUAAUUAAGAAAGCAAAUGGAGAGUUGGGGAAGAAAGAAGUGUCCUAUCCAGGGAACCUGACCUACAGAGACAUGUACUAUUUUGUUUGCGCUCCCACACUCUGUUACGAGCUGAACUUCCCCCGGUCACCACGGAUCCGAAAGAGAUUUCUCCUUCGUCGUCUUUUGGAGAUGCUCUUCAUCAUGCAGCUACUUGUCGGCCUGAUCCAGCAGUGGAUGGUUCCUACAAUACAGAACUCCAUGAAGCCGUUCCGGGACAUGGAUCACUCACGAAUCAUUGAACGACUUCUCAAACUGGCUGUUCCCAACCAUCUCAUUUGGCUGAUCUUCUUCUACUGGUUCUUCCAUUCCUCCAUGAACUUUGUGGCCGAACUCAUGCGCUUUGGAGAUCGAGAGUUUUACCGGGACUGGUGGAACUCAGAAUCGGUUACGUAUUUUUGGCAAAACUGGAACAUCCCUGUGCACAAAUGGUGUCUCAGACACUUCUAUAAACCGAUGAUGAGGCGCGGAGUGUCUAAGUGGAUGGCGCAGAGCGCAGUGUUCCUAGCAUCAGCUUUUUUCCAUGAGUACCUAGUCAGCCUUCCCCUGAAGAUGUUUCGGCUCUGGGCCUUUAUGGGUAUGAUGUCACAGAUUCCUCUGGCCUGGUUUGUAGGAAGGUUUCUGCGGGGUAACUAUGGAAAUGCUGCAGUGUGGAUAUCUCUGAUUAUUGGACAGCCAAUUGCGGUUCUUAUGUAUGUGCACGACUACUACAUCCUGAACCAUGAAAAAGGCCUUUAAACCCUCAUCAGGGAUAGGUCAACACACAGCCCAAUGGACUGCAGUUGGGAUCUUUUCUGUUUAAUGAAUCCUUCUUUUGCAAGCCAAUGAUAUUAGCUUAGAACACCAGUAAUCUGGGUGGAGGGCAUUACCUCCCCGUUAUGUCUUUACUGGCAGGGUUAUGAUGAUCUCCCUGUUUUUUAUAUAACCAAUGAUCUCUUCCGUCCAUUUGAUUGACAAUGCACUCCUUGUCUAUCCGAAUCAAACCUGCUCCAAUGUUUUUGUCCUGUUGGUUCCACAUCUGUCCUUAGUUCAUAUUCUUCAUCCAAAACAAGAUGCACUUUGUUUACUCUAUCCGUUCCAGAGCUGAUACGCUAUUCUUCCUUGACUCUACCGUCAGUAACCUAAUGGUCUUGUCAUCUGGAGUUGGUCAUUUCAAGAGUGGAGUCGUCAUUACCAUCACUGAGCUUGUUAGAAUGAAGGUGUUUCUGUUGUUUUCUGCUGCCUCUGAAAUGUUCCUGUGUCUGUCACAUGCUGCUGUCCAGCUUAAUGCUGGAUGUUUUUGUAUUUUUAAUCGCCUUGUGUGCCAUGGCUGGAACUCAGCCCAUUGUGUACAUGGAUGUUUUAUAUUGUUAGAGUUUUGUACGAUAUGUAUAAUGUAAAGAGCAUUACAUUUACCUUUCUAAAGAAAUUAUAACUCAAGCCAGCCUUUGCCAAACACUGUGAUUAAAAAGGUGCAUUUUUUUUUCAAGAA